UCUCCUAAACAGAUUGCCAGAGCUGUUGGUGACAUUACUUCUCUCCUAAACAGAUUGCCAGACCUGUUGGAGAAACUGAUAGACAUUGCGAAGGAGGAGGGGAUUCUAGUGAUUCCCAUGCUCCAUCUCCUCAAAGGUUCCUCCAAACCCUUUGAACCAAUCCCUGUCACAAUCACACCAAGUUGCAAGACUUGGGCAGCUCUGCGAAAUACUUGGGCAGGUCUGCAAAAAGUGACCAACGCGUCACAGAACAGCAACGACAGCAGAACAAUGUUGAAUCUCAUUAAAGCCAAUGGACAUUUAGUGGAGAUGGACAGACUAGCAAACCGUUCCUGGAUGUGUCUACUGACCGUAGAGGAUCUGGUAGAAUACAGCUCCAUUGUCAAAGUUGAGCUCCUGGACAUGCUUCUUGUUUUUACUGUGAAGGCUCCUGUGAGUCUAUCCACCAGCAACAACGGGAAUUUCACUGCCACUCUUUCACAUAUUCAAAACCAUCUUAAAGAGCAAAAAUACAGUUGUUUCAAUGAUGGUUACGGGAGUGAGUGCUUGGCAACAACAGUGGAACUGCUGAAGAAGAUAUGCAAUGGAGGUCGAUCCUCAAAAUUCACAGCCAUCCCUGUAGACUGCGUGAGCUUGUUAGUCUCAGUAUCAAACUUUUCCCAGUCCAAGACAUGUGAUGAGGGAGAAGACACUAUCUGUUUAAAGAAUCUGAGGCUGCUGUCUGAGUCAAUCGACAUCGUCAGAUCCUGGAUCAGUACGACCUUCAAAGACAAGUUGCGCGAAACCUCAGAGAUCAAGAUGUGGAAUAGCAUCAUCUCUCUCAGUUUUGUCAAUGUGGAUUUCACCAAGAAAUGGAGGCAAACCUUCUGUACGGAUUUAGAGGGCAAACUUAAACAGAUCUCCUCUCUGGAUCAAAUAGAGAUAUACUGCUCAAAGAUGGAGGAGCUGGAUAACUGUCAUCCUAACAUGACUUGUAGUAUUGAGAAAUGUGCUCUUGAAGCUGUCCCCUCAUUGUGCCAGAGUAAAUCAGAGGGGAAACUCUUUGAGAGGUUUCAGAUUAACAGGAAGUUUGGGAAACUCAUCUCAGCCAUAAUCCAGAAAACCUGGCCAAGAGAUAACCAUGGAAAUAAGGACGAGGUGGUCUUUCAACACCUCAUGACUUGGACUGCAGCCAAAAAUAUAUUUGAACUACAUGGUGCUGAUGAAAAGCUGAUUGAGCAGCUCUCUAAAGAAGCCAAGGUCAAAAUGACUGAAGCAAUCUCAUCCUUCAAAGUCAUUUGUAACCAGCUGAUCAACGGAAGCAUCAAGAUCAAACUGCUCAACGACAUCUUAGAAAAGAAAGAUACUUUCACAGAGCUGAUGGAGAUAGAUUGUCUAUCUUUGAAUGAGAAGAUCCAAGGCAAGAACCGUGUCUCCGUGGAAACGCUCCUCCAUCUGAGGUCUGAGGAGGCUAGAGCUGUCAACCAUGAGAAGGAGCUGGUGGAAAUCUUGCUCACCAUGAGCCGCAAACUAAAUGAACACAUCACAGUUCAUUUUGGGGACAUGGAAAAGAGACAACUGACCAACAUCGAGGACAUGACCUUGGACCAGUUCAUGAAGGUUCACCCGUUUGACCAGCCCUCCUCUGGAAUGCAUGGUGUGGUUACCUACUUUGAUCUUGAUCAGAGCAUGCGACAGAUGGCAGAUGUUUGGCACAUGUUUGGAGACAGCCACAUAUUCAAGAUGUUGUGGGAGAAACAGACCAAAGACUUUGCUUCUGAAUUUGAUUCCUUAGUAACACCAAAGGAGGUAACCAAUGGUAUUUUUAGACCUUGCUACGCUAAAUACAAGAAGAUCUACGAAGGCCUGAAGAAUGGCAGUCUCAAGCUUAAAAGGGUUGAUGUCCUCUUCAAUGACUACAAGGGCAAAUAUGAAAAGCUGGCAAUGGAUAUGGACAUUAUGUGCAGACUCAACAAGUCAGAUAACAAACACUGGAUCAAGGAAAGGGUCCAGCAGAUUGAGCAGUACCAUGGCCUUCACUUGGCUGUGAAGUCUGCUCAAGUUAUUAUGAAGGUCAAGGAGACCCUAAAUCUUCAAGGCGACUUCAAGGCCCUACAGACACUGCUAGACAUUAUGAGUGCAGAUUUGAAUGAAGAGCACAUUGAUCGGAUUGACAAUGACCUAAUGCAGGCCAAGACCGAUCUGGUGGACGUCACAGAACCUCGCAGACAAUGCCUCUUGGAACUUGGCCACGCAAAAGAUUUUGUCAUCUGGGUUAAAGAGGCCCUGAAAGAUAUCAAUGAGCUGAAAGUGUUUGUUGACCUGGCCUCCAUCUCUGCUGGGGAGAAUGAUCUUGAUGUGGACCGUGUGGCCUGUUUCCACGAUGCCGUUCAUGGAUACUCCUCAUUGCUCUUCGAACUGAAGCAAGAUUCCGGUUUUCAGACUGUUAAAGAGGUGAUGAAGAAGCUCUGGAGAACAUUGGAUAAUGAUUGCAACCUUCCGAAAAAGCUGCAUGACACAGCACGACACUUGGAGUGGUUGAAAACUGUGAAGGAUUUCCACGGGUCUGUGGAGCUGUCCUCCAUCUCCUUAGCAACCGCCAUCAACAAAAAGGGCAUCUACACCAUCAGUGCACAGAACCAAAAGAAGUUGAGUCUUGAGACUGCCCUGAAGUUAAACAUCUCUGAGGAACAUGGUGAGGAACAGGAGAUGCGUUCCUACUCACUAGAGGACCUGAGGGAGCUGCAGAACAAACUCAUGCUCAUGUCUGGUAAAGGGGACCAGUCUGAGGUGAACCACUUUUCCGAGGUUUUCGCCAGUGUCCAGAGAUUGGCUGUGGCAUUCAUUGCCCUGUUUACAGCUGGGAACCCUCUGUUCCGACACUGGAAAGCCAACAUCAAAUGUAGUUCACUCAGUAAGGAGGCUGACAUCGUCAUGGACUUUAACCUGGGCAGUGUUGUCAGUGUGAUUACGGUGGAGGGCAACAUCGUGGAUCAGCUUCCGGAGCUGUGCAGGAAGCUGGAGAAGUGUCUGAAGUACUGGAAUGACUUCAUGGACAAACAGAGAUCCCACCAUUACUACCUGAACUACUACAAUGCAGAGCAGAUAGUCUACCUGUGCAGUACGCUGACUCAGCAAAAUGUGGCCGAUUUUGAAGACCAAGUUCUCAUGAUGCUGUCGUUCGUCAAACCCAACUGCACAGCCUCUGAUCUGAGGCAGUCCCUCCAUGCACUGCGAAGUGAGAUCCUCACCAUACAAUCAGAGCAAAAUGAGGAAGUUGAAUUUCACACCUUUGUUGAAGUGUCAAGCAGUCUCAUCGAACAAGAAAUUGGCUCAGGAAAAGUGAAUCUGAUUUGGAAUGACUACAUGAGAGACAUGAAGAACUUUCUUCCAGACACUCUUGAUGUCAGAAGCUUUGGAAGAUUUUUAGAAAUAUUGGCCAACAAAAAGGAAUAUAAAUAUUUGCCCAAAAAAUGGAAUGAAAAACCUAUUCAAAGGGAUCUGCCCAAGGGCCUAGCUAUUGGGAGCCCAAACCUUAUUGUUUGCCCUCACGACGAGAUCCUGGCAUCUUGCAUCUCCAUUUACAUGAGUAGUGAAUGUCAGCCAUUGCCUACUUAUGAUGAGGUGCUACUGUGUAACUCUACCACACCUUUUGAGCAAGUGGAGCUGUUCCUCAGGCGCUGCCUCACCCCAGGCUACAGAGGACAGAAGAUCUACACCAUGCUCUACGGGGAUCAGCUGAGUUAUGAAGUGAGCUCCAAAACCGAGAGAUUUUUCAAGAGUAUCACAAUGCAGUCCCGGAAAGACUACAGGCUUGUGAUCAUCUGCAGUUUGGAUCGAGAGCACACCUACCUUCCCUCAGCCUUCAGCCAGUACAGGUUACACAUGGUACCCCAGGAACCCCUGCUCAUGAUUCAGCGUUACCUGAACAGACACUAUACAGUCCCAGCAGAUCAGACCAGUGCUGCUGCUGUCUUCAAAGACAGACAGUUUGUGGGAGUUGUGUCGUCCAAAAGAGCAGGAGUUGGUAAAUCCCUUUAUAUCAAGAGGCUAUUUGAAAAACUGAAGGACGUCUUCAUGAAGACUACAGUGCUGAAAUGCAUUCGCUUGAUCAAGCCAACGGUUGACGAAAAUGUCAUUCUUCAGUCUCUUCUCAACAACCCUGGGAAGAAAGAGCUGACCAUCUUCCAUUUUGAUGUCACAUCUACGGUACAGAAGGGUCUUGAUGAAUGUCUGUUUAAACUGCUGGUCCUGGGCUAUUUGAUGGAUUCUGAGGGAAGGAUGUGGAAAUGCAGCAACAAGCAGUUGUAUGUGAUUGAGAUUCUACAGUCUACUGUAAACCAGCACAGAAAUGAACCAACAAUGAAAGCAACUGUCAACUUUACCUUCCUGGCCGUGUUCCCAAACAUCUUCUGCCGCCCGCCCAAUGAGAUUCUAGAGCUGGAAAUGAGGAUGCAACAGGAUCCCUCCAUUACGAAGCCUGAAGGCCCACUUAUGGAUGACCAAGAGUUCAAGAGUGACGCUUACCAACGACCAUACCAAUAUCUGACGCGAUCCCAUAAUCACGUCAACUUGGACAGAUUUAUGUACAGUGGAGUUGAAGGGAGCCAUGUCAAAUGUCUCCAGUUGCUCCUUCUGUACUGUGGAAUGAAGGACCCCUCGUGGGCGGAGUUGAGGAAUUUUACAUGGUUCCUUAACCUUCAGCUGCGAGACUGUGAGACGUCCAUCUUCUGUGACGCCUCUAUCACCGGGGACACUCUUCAGGGAUUCAAGAACUUUGUGGUGGACUUCAUGAUUCUGAUGGCCAAAGAUUUCGCUACUCCUUCACUCAGCAUCUCUGACCAGAGCCCUGGGAAACAGCAGACAACCGGACUACAAGAAGAAGACUUGGCACCCUUCCGGAUCAGAAAGAGAUGGGAGUCAGAACCACAUCCCUACAUCUUCUUCAAUGAUGACCACAUGUCAAUGACCUUCAUUGGCUUUCACCUUCAGCCCAAUAAAGAAAACUGGGUAGAUGCCGUUGAUCCAUCCACGGGGAGUGUGAUCAAAAGAAACAUCAUGACCAAAAAACUGUUUGACGGCCUGACGCUGCAGAGAGUCCCUUUCAACAUUGAUUUCGAUGAACUGUCGAGACAGGAUAAAAUUGAAUGCAUUUGCAAUGUUAUGGGAAUCCAGCAGCAUCUUGAUCCCGAUGAAACAUAUGAGCUUACAACUGACAAUAUAUUGAAGAUGCUGGCAAUUCUCAUGCGGUUCAGGUGUAGCAUCCCUGUUGUAAUCAUGGGGGAGACAGGGUGUGGGAAAACGAGGCUCAUCAACUUCCUCUGUGAACUACAGAAGAGAGCAGUGACCACGCAGAAUAUGAAGCUAGUCAAAGUGCACGGAGGAACUAGCUCAGACAUGGUCUACACCAAUGUCAGAGAGGCUGAAGCCAUUGCUUAUAACAACAAACAAAGAUAUGGCUUUGAUUCUGUUCUCUUCUUUGAUGAAGCCAACACAACAGACGCCCUCAGCAGUAUUAAGGAGGUCAUAUGUGAUCAUACUGUAGAAGGAGAGCCUUUGCAAUCCCAAUGUGGCUUGCAAAUCAUUGCAGCAUGCAACCCUUACAGAAAACACACAGAUGAGAUGAUUCACAGAUUGGAGUCAGCUGGCCUAGGAUACAGAGUCCGAGCUGAAGAGACAGAUGAAAAGUUGGGGUCCAUCCCUCUCCGCCAGUUGGUGUACCGAGUCCAGGCCUUGCCCCCAAGCAUGAUCCCUCUGGUGUGGGACUUUGGACAGCUCAAUGAUCACACUGAAAAUAUGUACAUCAAGAAAAUUGUCAAGAGGGUGGUUCAGACCAACAUGAUCAAUGUGACAUAUGCAAGUUGGAUCACAAAUGUCCUGUCGGCUUCACAGAGGUACAUGCGGAAAAGGAAAGAUGAAUGUAGCUUUGUAAGUCUCAGGGAUGUUGAGCGUUGCAUGCAAGCUUUUGUCUGGUUUUACAAAAACCAGAAGAUGCUACUUGCCGAUCUCUGGGAGUUUGAGAGAAAUCAAAAUGCAGAGAGGCGUGAAGAAAUCCGAAGAGAUCCAGUCUUGUGGUCUCUGGUGAUGGCAGUGGGCGUGUGUUACCACGCCUGCUUGGAAAACAAAGAAGAGUACCGACAAAAUAUCUGCAAGUAUCUCACUGGAAUAUACACCCCAUUGAAGGUGAUGCAGGAAAUCUCACUCAUGCAGGAUCUUUUCCUGAGUGGAGUGCCACUGGGGGAAACAAUUGCACGAAACAAUGCUCUGAAAGAGAACGUCUUCAUGAUUGUUAUCUGCAUUGAGCUAAGAAUCCCUCUGUUCUUGGUAGGGAAACCUGGGAGUUCUAAAUCGCUGUCUAAAACCUUGGUGGCAGAUGCCAUGCAGGGUCAAGCCGCACACUCUGACCUCUACAAAAGGCUGAAACAGAUUCACCUGGUGUCCUUCCAGUGCAGCCCUCACUCCACACCAGCGGGCAUCAUCAACACGUUCAAGCAAUGUGCUCGUUUCCAGGAGGGAAAGAACCUGAAGGAGUACAUAUCUGUGGUGGUGCUGGAUGAAAUUGGAUUGGCUGAGGACUCUCCCAAAAUGCCCCUGAAAACCCUCCAUCCUCUGCUAGAAGAAGGAUGCAUUGAUGAUGAGCCAUUGCCACACAAGAAGGUUGGAUUCAUUGCCAUUUCCAACUGGGCUUUGGACCCCGCGAAGAUGAACAGAGGGAUCUUUGUUUCACGCGGUGACCCUGACGAGAAGGAGCUGAUUGAGAGUGCAAAAGGCAUAUGCUCGUCUGACACAAUGAUUUUGGAGAAAGUCAGAGAUUUCUUUCAACCCUUUGCCAGGGCCUUCCUAAACAUCAGUCCAGAAAAAGGCAAAGGUUUCUUUGGUUUGCGUGACUACUACAGCUUAAUCAAGAUGCUUUUCGCAAUUACCAAGGCCUCAGAGCAGAUCCCUAGUGCAGAGAAGAUUGUGGAGGCGGUACUGAGGAACUUCAGUGGAAGAGAUGAUGUGGACGCGGUCACAGUCUUCACCGAAACACUUAAGAUCAAUCCAAAUCUGGAGAGGAUCAGUGCCAUUGAGCUUGUGAGACAAAACAUCUCAGCUCAGGAGGAAGAGUGCCGCUAUUUGCUGCUACUGACCAAAAACUACGCAGCUUUACAGAUCCUGCAGCAGACUUUCUUCUCCGAGAGCUGCCAGCCUGAGAUUAUCUUUGGGUCCAGCUUCCCCAAGGACCAAGAGUACACCCAGAUCUGCCGCAACAUCAACCGAAUCAAGAUCUGCAUGGAAACCGGUCGAACCGUCGUGCUCUUGAACUUGCAGAACCUAUACGAAAGUCUCUACGAUGCUCUCAACCAAUACUACGUUUGCUUAGGAGGCCAAAAGUACGUUGACCUGGGACUGGGGACCCAUCGUGUCAAAUGCAGAGUGCACAAAGACUUCAGGCUCAUUGUCAUUGAGGAUAAAGAGGUGGUCUACAACCAGUUUCCAAUCCCUCUUAUCAACAGGCUUGAGAAACAUUACCUGGAUAUCCAUACUGUCCUUAGUAAAGAACAAAGGGAAAUUGUUGGGGACUUGGAGAGAUGGGUUGGGCAGUUUGUAGAUCUUCGACAAAGCUCACCUGCACCGCAGACCUUCAACUACCAACCUCCUGAUGUUUUCAUUGGCUUCCAUGCGGACACGUGUGCCUCGGUGGUUCGUCAAGUGACCGAGAAACAGAGGGGAGACAUGAACAUCCCAGACCGACAAAGAAGAGUACUAGAUGAGGCCAAACUCAUCCUGGUGAACUGUGCCACUCCGGACUCUGUGGCUCGGCUGGACUGCACAGGGCUCUCUAAAGUGGAGAUCGACCAUCUGACCAGGUUCUACUAUGAAGAGAGGAAGCACAGCUCUUUGGCUGACUUUGUCUGUCACACACAACAGGUUGAGCAGAGCCCUUCCUGCUUCAUAGAGGUGACAACAUUUUCCAGACUGUUGACAGAAUCGGAUAUUGGACCGCUGAAGGAGGUGGUGCACAAUGUAGAGCUCCUGUCACUACAGCAGUUUGACACAGAGCUCUCUUUCCGCAAGAAGAUCAGGGAAUUUCUGACACCUGGAGAUGCAUCUAGCAACAAACUACUCAUUAUUCAGUCAGAUUUGUAUGAAGCAUCACACAAUGCAAGUGUCAUUGCAUCUGCAAAGUACUCUGCCAUAAAUGAAAUCAACAAAUCUAAACAUGAAGAGAUUGAAGGCAAGGUGUUUGUCUACUUCAUUACCAAACUGUUCAGAUUGGACAGUGGCACUUCCUUUGUUGGAUUUCAUGGAGGCCCCUGGACAUCUGUUCACAUUGAUGACCUCAGAAGAUCCAAAGAUAUUGUUUCAGAUCUCAGAGUCUUGCGGAACCUUGCCAUCUGUCAACUGUUUGAGGAAAGGCGGGAUCAGCCUCAAGGUUUGGAGGACAUGUACACUGGGACAGAUAAACAUGACAUGGAAUUUGAAGGCCAAACAGCCUGGAAGGAUGUCCUGGACACCACACUGUUGCUGCGUAGCUGUGUGCAGAGCGCAGUGGGCAUGCUCAGAGAUCAGAUGGAGGGUGGGUUCCGCAACACCAGGAGAGUGGAGAUCCUACUGACUCUCCUGACCGACAACGAAGAAAAACAAGGAACAGCUGGAUUUCUGAGAAUUGUUAAGAGACGGCUCCACUCUUUACUGGAAACUCGGGAAAAAAACACUAACUUAACAAAAAACUGGGUCAUUAGUGAGGCUUCCAACAUUGAUGCCUUGCAUGAGGGAGGGACAUUUAGACAAACCCUAUGGAAACGACUUCAGGCGGUAGUCAUUCCACUUUUGGCACAACUGGUCUCCGUCAUUGACCGUGAUGGUAAUCUAGACCUCCUGCUGGACACCAACUCUGAAGAGCCAAUAAAGAGAUUGUGGUUAGACAUCUUUGGGGACGAUAAACUACUUGAUGUUCCCUUUCCCUAUUCUAGUGUGGACAACAAUGCUACAUCCAAGACCUUCCUGGUCCAGAAUAACAUCCCAAUAGACAAGAAUAUCAGCUGCAUCAUGCCCUUCAGCUGGAGGAUCAAGGACUACCUGAAUGAGCUCUGGAUUUAUGCUCUGCAACAUGAAGGCCAAAGUCAGAGGCAGUUGGAGGAGUUUUUUGGGAAGACUCCUCUGGGCCGCUACAUUGCGAUAGCGGACAAUGAGAUGCAGACAGAGCUUUUCCACAGAUACCUGCAGGAUUUCAUUACCAUGACCAUGAAUGUGACUUGUGCAGAGGACCUACAGCUCCUUUGUGGCGCCUUGACCUGUUGUGUGAACGAGCUGCGACUAGGUCAUGAGGCUAUGUGUACGGAGGUGGCCUCUCUGCCCUGGGUCCAUGAUGCUUACAACCAGUUUAAGAACCGCCUACAGAACUUGUCCAGAAUGAUCAGCAUCCCCCGAGUGGGUCAGGGCCUCCUGGCGAACACACACAUCAGAGAAGGGAUGGAGCUGGUCCUGGACGUGUAUGCGGCAUUGGCCUGUGUGGAACACCUGGAGCCUCAGGCUCUGGACACAGAUGCCCAACGGCUACACUGGCUCAGGCAGGUCAAGAGACUCCAGGUGCCCAUAGAGCUGGUCUGUUCUGAGGAGAGUCGUAGACACUAUGGGGAGAGAAGCAAGGCCAUGGUCUGCAGAGUCCAGAGCAGAUGGAAUCGUAUCUUCGUCCUGUCUCUAUUUGUGGAGCACUUGUUGCUGGGCGUCGAGAAAGUGGACAAGAGGUUGAAGCCUUUCGUUUUGGCAUCCGUACGACGGUUGUGCCACGUACUGGAGAGGGAUGCCAAUGUUAAAAUGAAACAGGCGUUUGAGGAAGUACUCAAUAUACUUAAGGCCUGCAGAGAAGAAGCAGUUGAAAACAAAUGGAAUGCCAAGCAGUUCAAGAAGAAGUGCAGUGCUUUCUUCAUCGACCUGGUCUCUACGGUUUGCUUCAAGGACAACUGUCCGCCCUGUACGGCCAUCAUCCUCCACCUGUUGUCCUUCCUCACAGUGGAGGCUCAAUCUAGUCCUGUCAUCACAGGACGUCGACAGAUUCAGAGGCGCUCUCGCUUUGAUCAGUCUGUGGACAACCUCCAAUGGUUUGUUGGAUCGGUUUGGUUGUUAUUCAUCAAACUGCUUCACCUGCUCUUCCACCUGCUGAACUUACUCAUGGUGGAGGCUCAGUCUGCUCUCAAUAUCAGAGGACCUUUUCGCAGACCAACCAAGGCAAUCUCUCCCUUCGGUGUUGAUGUGGACAAAAGUCCAAUGGUUUGGUCAGUCGUGCUGAAACUCCUGCUCAAGUACAGCUUUGAUGAUGUCAAAGGUCACCUGCAGCAGCAUCUGACCGAAGUUGAGAAGAGUGAUAUCUUGGAGGAAUCAAGAAAAACUGAACUUUAUUCCCUAUACAUAAACUGCAUGGAGGACUCCUUGCAUGAGAAGAUGCAGUGUCUCACAAUGGUGUCGCAGCAGGAGUGUCUACAGAAUGAGAGCGCCUUCCUGAGUGACUUCCUGCGCUCAGGCGCUGCGUCUAGACAGAUGGCCACUAUAGAGUGCUUCCAGCAGGUGGCCAGGUUACGCAUGUGUCUGGAUAUGGCUGGGAAUCUAUUGGGAGACAAACAACGGUUGAGUGCCACAGAGAGAGAAUUCCUGACCAGCGUGGGAGAACUGUGUAAGCGCAGUGGGAAUGACUGGUAUCGGGUCUACCUGAUCCGUAAGAUCUGCAACCAGCACGGAGUGGAGUAUGUCCAACACUUCCUGACAGUGGCAGAUAUGCAGUGGCUGUUCCCUCGCGAGGUCCUGCAGAAGAAUCAAGAUGGCAGCCAGAUUGACCAGUAUCUUGCUUGUGGAGAGGAUUAUAAGACUAUCCGAGAUGUGGUUGCCAAAGCAAUACUGGAGGGCAAAAUUAAGGAUAUAGAUCGUGCUUGUAAGGGUUCUUCGUGUCCAAAAAAUAAGAGGACAAUAUACCUGCUUUUGGCUCUGUUCAGAGAAGUCACCUGUCUCUAUAGAGCAGCCAAUCCUAACCUCCAUCCAAACUCUGAGUUUUGUCAAACACUGGUGGAUUUCAUCGAGGCCUCAACGUUUCUUGCAAGCCGAAAUGUGAAGGAAUUCGCCCUGGACCUGGUAGCCAACCGGCUGGGUCCCCUGACUGUCCAGACUGGGGCCUCUGGUGCCCAGUGGGUGGUGGUGGAGCUGGCCAUCCACUUGUCUGCAGUGCUGCUCUGUGGGAACCAGGACCUACUGAUACCCCUCCAGCAGCUGGCUCUUUUCCCUACUAACAUGCAGAGAGCCUUCAUACCCACCAUGCCCGAGGAUAUGCUUGCAGUUGUACGCCAGGCCAUUAGAGGGAUGUCGUGGUACAAUUGUCCGAAUGGUCACCCUUGCGCCAUUGGUGAGUGUGGCAAGCCCAUGGAGACGAGCCGUUGUGUGGACUGUGGAGCUGAGAUCGGAGGGCGCAGCCACAAUCCUGUCGCGGGCUUCACUACUGCUCAGAUCCGAGGUGACAGUACUGAGACUGGCCACGUCCUGGGAGACCCUCGACGGAGGGACCACCCAGACAUGCAGGACACAAAGAGCAUGUCCUCUGUUCCUUUCAACCUGGUCCGGCUUCUCACCCACAUAGCCAUGCUACUAGGAGCCAGAAGUAACCCACAGGCCAUUGCUGCUAUCAUCAAGCCCCAAGUCGCUGACCCCAGUUUGUUCCUCAUGGGUCACCUGCUGAAGGACAUGGAACACGUGAUUAGGUUUAUGGGGAAGGGGAGAGAUGACACAGUCAAUGCCAUCCACCUGAUGAUCAGUAGCCUACUGAAGCCUCACCGUCGUGGGUGUGCUGAUAAUCAUCUCUCUACCAAAGAGGCCAGAAACCACUGGGAGAUGACAGUCGGUAAUGAAAUAAUCUCCCCUCAGCUGAAGGACCUGGAUCGGCGUCUGCAAGAGGUGAAUGCCUUUAUCAGGGAUGACUCAAGGAUGUCCUCCAACCCUAUCAUGAGGGUGUUGUCUCCGGAGCCACGCUUGUUCCUGACCUUGCUGCCCCACAACUCCCAGAUCCACAGCUCAGCGGUGUGGAACUGCAGGGAGAGGGUGUCCCUGCUCAGCCUCACCCGCGUUGUGGAGCAGAACGACGGAGAAAACACCCUGCCAGUGCUCUGGAGGUUCCUGCACAAGGAGGCAGAGCUGCGGUUGCUGAAGUUCAUCACUGACAUCCUGGAACUGCAGAGAAAUCUAGUGAAGACGUGUCGGAAUGUGACUGAUCUGUCCCACGGCACCAUUGCCAAAUUCCUCCAGAGUCAGGAAUCAGUUCCGCUGAGAGCCUGGCAUGAGAAACGGAUCAACAUCUUCCUGAAAACAUGGAAUCAGCUUAGGGGCUCGCUGGCAACCAAUGGAGAGAUUAAGAUCCCUGUUGAGUUCUGCCGGAAGGAUCUGGACAUGACCAGUGACUUCCAGGUCCUGUUGCCACGGCGUCAAGGUCCUGGUCUCUGCUCCACAGCCCUGGUCAGCUACCUCAUCGCCCUGCAGAACGAGCUGGUCUACUGUGUGGACAAGCACCUUGGAGAGGAGACUAGCUUUAAAGUGAGCCCGGCGGACCUAACGGACCUGCAUGUGAUUCAGUAUGAUCUGGAGAGGGACCUGCUGCCGCUGAUCCUGUCCAACUGUCAGUACAGCAUGAAGCAAGGCAAGGAGACCCUGCACGAGUACGACCUGUCCAACAUUCAGCAGCAGAUCCUCUCCCGCUUCUUGCAGGGCAGGCCCAUCAUCACCCUCAAUGGAAUCCCAACACUGGUGAACAGACAUGAUCGAAUUCAUGAAAUUAUUCUGAAGGACAUGAGAGGAAAGAUUGAACAAGUGCCUCUGCCCUCGCGGGCCCUGUCGACACUAGUUGGGGAGCUGAAGUCGUACAAUGAGGUGUGUGAGGCCCUCUCCACCGUAGAGGUAGCCCUGGGGUUCCUGGCUAUGACCGGGGGAGAACCCCACAUGCAGCUGGGCAGCUACCUGGAGGAGGUGCUGCAGAUGGGAGAUCAAAUGGCUCCACACAUCCUAACGGCCCUGGGCAGAUACUAUCUGAAGCACUGUUUGGCACUGUGGCAGCUCCUGACAUCACUCAAAUCAGAAAACAUGCUGUGGCUCAAGAGGGACCCAUUUGAAGGGAUCUCAGAAGAGUACAGGAAGGCCCUGGGAGAGGAAGAGCACAGGCUGCUCACUGGGUUCUUUAAUAAAAGCAGCGCUGAUUCCAUCCUGCUGGAGAUGCACGAGUUCCUGAUACUGGUCCUGAAGGGUCCCCGUGCAUCUGACACCUACAAGCCUGACUGGGGUCUGAAAGACACACUUGUGGCAUACAUGGAGCGUAAGAACCUGGACAUCCCACCUGACGUUGAGGAGUUCUUCCCUGAAAAGAUCGACCUGUCUCAGUACAUCGAAGCCUGGAAGUUCGUGGUGGCAUUGAAACGGGAGAGAAGUCAGAGGUAGCUCCAACCUCACACACUUGCUCAUUGAUUUAAUUAUUCAAUGAAAAAACGAUAUAUCGCAAACCGCAAAUGUAAACAUAACUGGAGGCCCCUUGUCAUUAGUGAAGGAAGGUUACUGUUACUGUCUCCUAGCGAGCUAAACGGCUACCCCCAGAACGAAUAACCACUGCAGCGUGGGUUCCCAUCCGGCCCAAUGCUAUUUCAGCAAAAACUCUCUAUACACAGUAUCUUUCCCACUGUCUCUCCUCUUUCCAAUAAAGCAUUUUUUUUAAAUGCUGAAAAAGAUAGUUACUAGCAACAGAUAAGAGCAAUAGCAAAGUGAAGUUGAAUAAGUUAAUUUUGUUUCGCCAUAAGUUGGUUAGCUAGCCAGAGUUAUGUGCAUUUAUUUACAACUAUCUACCACUCGUACUCCCUUUUCUUCAUGCCUCCAAAAUGCUGAGACUCUAGUUCUGUCAAGGUUCUGUCAAUGGAGGACCAGAUGAUGGCAUUCCAGGCCUUAACAUUUUUUUUUUUUAAUUGGGGGAAUAAUUACUUUUAUUAGAUUUACUUUAACUUCAAUUAAAUGUAGGUUGGUUAGGCCUACUGGUUAGGCCUACUGGUUAGGCCUACUGGUUAGGCCUACUGUCAUCAUAGUUUCUGACGAAUCACUAGCUUUUAAAUGUGUAAUAAGUCAAUGAAACACAAGAAUCGGGAACAUUGUCAGUGAAAAUAUGUAGUAAGGAACAUGCAUAGAGUUAGAUAGAGGACUCAUCUUUGUAUUUGUGUAGUGUAACAGAAUGGACAGUGCCAUUGUAGUGUCUGUAACAGAAUGGACAGUGCCAUUGUAGUGUCUGUAACAGAAUGGACAGUGCCAUUGUAGUGUCUGUAACAGAAUGGACAGUGCCAUUGUAGUGUCUGUAACAGAAUGGACAGUGCCAUUGUAGUGUCUGUAACAGAAUGGACAGUGCCAUUGUAGUGUCUGUAACAGAAUGGACAGUGCCAUUGUAGUGUCUGUAACAGAAUGGACAGUGCCAUUGUAGUGUCUGUAACAGAAUGGACAGUGCCAUUGUAGUGUCUGUAACAGAAUGGACAGUGCCAUUGUAGUGUCUGUAACAGAAUGGACAGUGCCAUUGUAGUGUCUGUAACAGAAUGGACAGUGCCAUUGUAGUGUCUGUAACAGAAUGGACAGUGCCAUUGUAGUGUCUGUAACAGAAUGGACAGUGCCAUUGUAGUGUCUGUAACAGAAUGGACAGUGCCAUUGUAGUGUCUGUAACAGAAUGGACAGU